CAUCUUCACCUGACGCAAAACUACUUGCUCCUUCUACACGAGUUGGCUAUUUGAAUAAGUGUGUAGACAAAAUCUAAGAUUGUCUAUUUUUAGGUAGUUAAUUGUAACCUGGUUCUUUUUCGGGGAGUAGGCUUGGUCGCCUUGCGGAGACAGCGGUUAUGCUUUCAGUCCAUCCGGUAUCAAAGCUGAACGCACUGACGCGAGCUCACUAGCUGUAGUAUUACUCAGUGAUUCUGAAGGCUAAUCUCCUAGAUAGUCCGAGAGGUGCUGCAGUCGAUGCUGCAAUUUUAGGCACAACUCCAUCCGGCUGUGUGCUGCGACAGCAGACCCAAUGAGAGAGAGAUGCUUGCAUUUGUUCUGGUUUCUGGGUCUAUUUGGAUUAUACUAGAGCUCAGUUCCACUCUGAUGGAAAGGAUGCAGGCUCAGGAUUUGUUGCGCAGUCUGCGGUUGCCCGAGCUAGAUGACCUCAGCCAGUUCUUCCGAUCGCUGCCCACCUCCACGCUGGUCGGCUUGGGGGCACUGACGGCCGUGCUGGCCUAUUGGCUGGCCACCCGCCCACGCGCCAUCAAACCACCAUGUGAUCUCCGACAUCAGUCGGAGCAGUUGCAGGAUGGGUCCCACAGAUCUAUGCUGGGAGACAGUCCAAAACUACUGUCACACUACCAUGAGGAUGCAAAGACCAUGUACGAGGUGUUCAGGAGGGGCCUUCACAUAGCUGGUGAUGGACCCUGUUUGGGCUCACGGUUACCCAAUCAGCCCUAUAAGUGGAUCUCCUAUAAAGAGGUAAUAGCCCGUGCAGAGCAUCUGGGCUCCGGGCUACUAGAACAGGGAUGCAAAGCUGGCUCCGAGCAGCUCAUCGGCGUGUUCGCACAAAACAGACCAGAGUGGAUCAUUUCUGAGCUGGCCUGCUAUACAUACUCUAUGGUAGUGGUGCCCCUGUAUGACACGUUGGGUGCUGACGCUAUUCGAUACAUCAUCAACAGAGCGGAGAUAGCCACGGUGAUCUGUGACAAGCCAGAGAAGGCGAAGGUGCUUCUGGGUAACGUGGAGAGCCAGGAGACGCCCGGCCUGAAAAGGAUAGUGCUCAUGGACUCCUUCGAGUCCCAGCUGGUGGAGAAGGGCGAGAGGUGUGGGGUGCAAGUCCAGGCCCUGAAAGACAUCGAGGCCCUGGGCAGAGAGCAUCACAAAAAGCCAGUGCCUCCGCGGCCAGACGACCUGUCCAUUGUCUGCUUCACCAGCGGAACAACAGGAAAUCCCAAAGGAGUCAUGCUUACCCACGGCAAUGUUGUAGCAGACUUCUCAGGCUUUCUUAAAGUUACUGAUAAAGUAAUCUUCCCCAACCAGGAUGACUGUCUCAUUUCAUUUCUACCCCUUGCUCAUAUGUUUGAGAGACUCAUUGAGUCCGUAGUGUUCUGUCAUGGAGGGAGGGUGGGGUUCUUCCAGGGUGACAUUCGUCUCCUGUCUGACGACAUGAAGGAGCUGAGACCCACCGUUUUCCCAGUGGUGCCCCGGCUCCUCAACCGCAUGUAUGACAAGAUCUUCAGCCAGGCCAACACGCCUUUGAAGCGCUGGCUGCUUAACUUUGCAGCUAAGAGAAAAGGAAGAGAAGUAUGCAAUGGUAUCAUCCGCAAUGACAGCCUGUGGGAUAAGAUAUUCUUUCACAAGAUACAGGCCAGUUUGGGAGGACGGUUACGAAUGAUCAUCACGGGGGCAGCCCCUGUUUCCCCAACGGUGCUGGGGUUCCUCAGAGCAGCCCUAGGCUGCCAGGUGUAUGAGGCGUAUGGCCAGACUGAGUGUACUGCUGGCUGCACGUUCACCACUCCAGGGGACUGGACUUCAGGCCAUGUUGGUGCUCCUCUCCCCUGCAAUUCCAUCAAACUGGUUGAUGUCCCAGAGAAAAAUUAUUAUGCCAACAGAGGAGAAGGAGAGGUGUGUGUGAAAGGUCCAAAUGUUUUCAAGGGCUACCUUAAAGACCCUGAGCGGACAGCUGAGACUCUGGACACAGAUGGGUGGCUCCACACCGGUGACAUUGGGAAGUGGCUACCUAAUGGCACACUGAAGAUUAUUGACAGAAAGAAGCACAUUUUCAAGCUCGCCCAAGGGGAGUAUAUAUCGCCAGAGAAGAUUGAGAGUAUCUACAUUCGCAGUGAGCCAGUGUCCCAGCUUUACGUGCAUGGGGACAGCCUUCAGUCGUGUCUGGUGGGAAUUGUCGUACCAGAUCCAGAAGUGAUGCCUUCUUGGGCUAACAAAAAGGGCUUUCAAGGCAAUUAUGAUGAUCUAUGUAACAAUAUGGAUGUAAAGAAGGCCAUAAUGGAUGACAUGGUGGGUCUUGGUAAAUCCAGUGGCCUCCAUUCUUUUGAACAGGUGAAAGACAUCUAUGUCCACAAUGAGAUGUUCUCAAUCCAAAACGGCCUGCUUACACCCACACUGAAGGCAAAACGGCCCGAACUGAAGGAAUACUUCAAGGAGAAGAUCGAGCAACUCUACACGAACAUCUCUAUGUAAUGACUUCCACCAAAAUAAAAGCCCUGGUUUAUAGGACAUUUAGCAUCAUCGCUCUUUGUGAACCAUUUGUCCUUAACCCCAAUCAAAACCACAAAAAAGAUGCUAUGCACCCAGGAUGAGUUGUGGGUGGAGAGACCUGUGUUUAUGUCCUCUGGAAAAAAAAAACUAACAUCAACCAACGCUCCAUCUCUCCCCACCCUGGACAUUAAAGGUCUCUCAGAGGUUCCUGGGAGCCUCCCAAAAAAUCCGCCCCUCCUGUAAGUUAGCUUUGUCGAACUCUGGAUGUCAGCUAGGUGGGAAAGGUAGUCAAUGGCCAGCGUGCCUUUUGGAAACAGCAGACUUGCAACCAAAACCUGAGCCCCUUCAUGCCAACAGUGACAGCAGAUGCCUGGAUCCACCUGCACCUCCCCUACACCCCCCACCUCUCUCUCUCUCUCCUGUCUUAAUGGACCGUCAAAUAAAUACCAAACUCUCAGCGAUGCAGACAUGGACUGGUUCUUUAGUUCCUUGCUGUAGGAUUUCAGAGAUUGCCUGACAAUAUGCAGCACAACCCAGCCAAGGGGUGGGGGGUGGGGGGGAUACCGCAUGUGGUGUUGCUGACACCACCUGGGCUGGUAGUGUUCAAUGAAACCUGGAAGACAUAGACAUAGACAUUAUCAGACAUAAAAAAACAUGGUCUAGUAAGGCUUUCUUGGGAUGUAGCCCCCAGGUCUCGGAAGUCCCGAAACCGGUGUGCCGUGGAUAUUGGGUUUUCUUUGAGUAAUGUAGAGAAACAUUUGACUGCGGAGUGAUCUCACGACCCAAAGUAUUCCAGCUGUGAUGUAUAUAUUGAGGACAAAUAGAAGUAAGAUUAUUUAAACCAAUGACUGAAUGGUUUUUUUUUUUGUGUGUAGUGAAAUGACGUGUAAUACUAUUUAACCUGCUGCUGAUUGGGACUAUCAGCACCAUAUCUUUGUAAGUAAUGACUACAGCAAUAGGGUGAGUGGAUGGAAAUGAGACAGAUACAAAUAAAAACAAAUAUGUAAUUGGAUCUUUUUUCUUUGUUCAGUCUUUUAUAUAUUUUUUUGUUAGCAAAUCAGGAUUGUUUCAGUCAGGGAAUAUUUAACCUUACUUAUGGGGAUAGUAGCCUUCAGUUAGAGAGUCGGGGUAUGGGACAAAUUCUGAUAAAAAUGCCAGGAGGCCAUAGAUUCUGCACUAACCACAAUUCUGGCUAUUUAAUGAACUCUCUAGAAGGGAUUUUACGUUUUACCCCCUGAGCCUCUGCUUAGAAUAAACAAAUUAUAACCUAAAUGUACUCCCGCCACUGCCAUCAAUUAAAGGAGAAAAAAAACAGGCUUUCAUUGUAAACACAUUUAAAAGUAAUAGUUAUUCUCUGCAAGUCUGCACUUUUCACAUGUCAUUGUCAUACCUAUCCAUGUACUCCACACUUUGUUGCCCCAUCAAGACCUACAAUUUGUUGAGGAACCGUGAACAGCAAAUCUUCAUCAGAUAUGUGAUGCACCAUUAUUAAGGUGCAAAGACUGUACACCAUAGGUGAGAGUACAAGCAUGUUUAUAGAACACUUUUGGCAAAGGAAUUUAACUACUUAAGCAAAAGGACAUCCUUUUAUUUUUGUUAACUUUGCAUGUAUUGUCAACAACACCUCAAAUUGCUACAAAUCUGUGGCAUGAAACUCUGAGGUAUCCAUAAAUAUGCAUCAAAUCAUCUGAUGAAUGUAAACAGAAGCAAUUACAAGCAUGAUGUGGAAGGAACCAAACACCUAUUUUGUAUAAUGUGUGUAAAGAUAACUUAGAAAAUAAUGUUGUAGAUGUUGCAAAGAACAACUUUUCUAUAGUAAAAUCUGACCAUGUGGGUGAGAGUGAAAUAAAGUUGUUUGUUUGACCUGAAAUGAA